AUGACAUCAAAAACCAUUUUCCAAAAUUUACCUUUUUUCAGAGCAGGAGCAACUACACGUUUGUUUUCCACCUUACGGUUUGAUUCGAAGGAAGCCUUUAGAAGUAAUUUAAUUCGUGGGUUCGUUACAGAGAGUAAACCAGCAAUUUCCUCGAACCCUUCAAAGCCUGCUGACAUAACCAAAAAGUCGGAACCUGGUGACUUUGCUCUGGCUAAGCCCGCUAAUACUGCAGAAUAUGUGCUGUCUACUGUAGACCAGAUUACUUUCGGUUUAGCGUGUUGUGCGGUUGAAAUGAUGCAUAUGGCAGCAGCAAGAUAUGAUCAGGAUCGCAUCGGAAUCGUAUUUCGCGCAUCUCCUCGCCAGUCUGAUGUUAUGAUUGUCGCAGGUACCUUAACUAAUAAAAUGGCGCCUGGGUUAAGAAAAGUUUACGAUCAGAUGCCUGAACCCCGGUGGGUGAUUUCCAUGGGUUCAUGUGCAAAUGGUGGCGGAUACUAUCAUUAUUCUUACGCUGUUGUUAGAGGAUGUGACCGAAUCGUUCCUGUAGACAUAUAUGUUCCGGGAUGUCCUCCGACAGCAGAGGCGCUAAUGUAUGGUGUAUUACAGCUACAAAAGAAAAUGAGGCGUUCUAGGGUUACUCAACUUUGGUACCGAAAGUAG